AAACAUGAAACCGUGUUUUCUUGAGGUGACUUCGACGCUAUAUAUAACCCAAUGCCUCUCAAGGUUUUACUAGUCUAACACAAUCACUCUCUUCCUGCAGAGCUUGUUAGACUUGUCGAUACAAAUACACAUACAAAUACUGAUAUAACAAAUACAUAUAUCGAUAUUAUACAUAUCGAGAAAUGGGAAGACAACCAUGUUGCGAUAAAGUAGGCUUGAAACAAGGGCCAUGGACAGCCGAUGAAGACAAGAAGCUUAUUAACUUCAUCCUCACCAAUGGCCAAUGUUGUUGGAGAGCUGUCCCUAAACUUGCAGGGCUAUUAAGAUGUGGAAAGAGUUGCAGGUUAAGAUGGACAAACUACCUUCGACCAGAUUUGAAAAGGGGUUUGUUAUCUGAACAUGAAGAGAAGAUGGUGAUUGAUCUCCAUGCUCAGCUUGGCAACAGGUGGUCAAAGAUAGCCUCUCAUCUUCCUGGAAGAACUGAUAAUGAAAUCAAGAAUCACUGGAAUACCCAUAUCAAGAAGAAGCUUAAGAAAAUGGGGAUUGAUCCUCUCACCCAUAAACCACUUCCUCUUUCUACAACUUUAACAGAUCACCAAUCACCACUAGAGACUGAGAAAACCCAUUUUUCAGAAGCAAUGGACCAUGAAAACAAUGAAUCAGUUGAAGUAUUAAACGAGACGAUUUCAUCGAUUCAGUCAAGUACAGUCACCGAGGUAGCUAAAGAUGAACAAGAUGAUGUUCAAGUAGUUGACUUUUGCACUGAUGAAGUUCCAUUGAUAGAGCCUCAUGAGAUCCUGCUUCCUAACGAUAUUAACGUUUUACCAGCUUUUCCUUCUUCAUCUUCCUCUUCUUCGACCUCAUCAAAUUAUGACAUUUCAGUUUGCAACCAAAGUUAUGUACAUGAGGAACUCCAUGAUCAGUUUUUGCCAAGUUUCGACUGGUGUUCUCCUUCCUUUGAUUCUACAAAUUAUAACAACUUCGAAGCAGGAUUAUGGGAGGAUGACGAUGAAUUCAUCAGCAAUUUGAACAUGUUGAUCAAUGAUGAAUAUGAAACUGAUACAAAUGUUCGAAGCCAUACUACUUUUGCACCUGACGUCACCCACUACUCAAGAAUGGUCAUGGAUGAUGACUGUUGGAAAUUUGAACAACUCUUGUGAAUCAAACGCUUAUUUCUUUU